AUGACGAAACUCAGCGACGCGAUCAAGGAUGACCAUCGGAAAAUCGAGCAGGCCUAUCGAUAUAUCCUAACAUCAACCACUACUGAGGACAAAAUCCGAUGGAGAAACGAGCUCAGUCUCGAACUUGCAAGACAUUGCAUCAGCGAGGAACAGGUUCUUCUUCCUAUUCUCACAGAUCGACUAUCGGAUGGCGAGUCUCGCAGCUCCAAGAAUCAUACGGACCGGGAAAGCUUGAAGGAGAAAAUAUGCCGUCUCCAAGCUAUUCCGGUCGACGAUGUCAGCUUCGAAACCGAGUUGAAGGCUCUCUGGGUCGACAUGGCAGCCCAUGUUCGCGACACCGAUAAUCAGGACGUGGCACGUCUGGAAGAGUGUCUCACUAUGACCGAGUCCGAGGAGCUGGCCAGGCAAUUUCGGCUCACAAUGUCCAUGGCGCCAACGCGGAGUAACCCCUCGCCUGACCGUGGACCCCCGUCUCAGCAGAUCACGGACUUUCUCGCCACUAAAACCGGGCCUUGA